AUGUCUACCCAACACCUUUCCCAAGAUUCACUCUUUGUAUGUCCUCCUACUUCUCCUCCACUGCUGAAUACCUCAAUUCUUCAUUUGGUGAAAUCAUUACAGUCCGAGUCAAUCGGACCCAACUACGCUUCGUUGCUUGACCAGACUUACCAUCUCAUACGGCAUCCCGGAUUUUCGCAGAGCCAGCUUCUCCGGCUCUGGCAUCUUCGUCUAGUUCUCCAUUUGUUCAACAAUCGGCUCAAUUACGCUAAGAAGGAGGCCAUAAACUUGAACAACGCCUUGUAUUUGCACGAGAACAACAAUGCUGUCCCGCCCAAUUCCGCUAGUUUAGCGACGUCCGAUUCAGCUUCUACUACUGCUUCGGCCACAACCAAUGUUAGCCGUUUAAACACAAAUAACUUAACGCCAAUCUACCCAUUGCCCAAAAACAACUGGGCUCUCAUAGACUACGACCUCUUGAUCUUGCUUUUGCGCUUGAAAUCAUUGCCUAACUUGAACUUGAUAAAUGAGAUAUACAAACUAAACUACCAGUUGCGACUCAAAAGCUCCAGCGAGUUGAAACACAAGCUUAUCAAUCUCAGCUACGACAUCGUAGUUGUCCUCUUGAUAACGAAAAACUAUUUGUCAUUACUCAACUACUUGAUCAACUUGCGCCAGGAAUUGAAACUCUUACCUAACCCAGACGAACACUACCAGCAAUACUUGCUGAACGUAACACUAUUAAUCAUAAUUGUGGAAACUUUGGUGCUCAACCUUCGUCGAAAGUCUACUCCCGACACGAACGUAGAGGAACUUGUAAUCCCGAAAUACAAAGAUAGCUACGAAAGUGAAGUCCAGCCCUUCACCAAAAAUUCCUUGCUUCACUCCAUGCAAACCUUGCAGCCAACGAUUCCAUCACAAGAUUCUGAAAUUACUGAAACACCCGCAGCCAGUGUAUAUGUCAAGCAAGAUAUCACGCUAGAAGAGCUCGUGGACUCGGUCAUCAAUGGAUCCGUUACAACCCGUAUCAUCUGUUCUACCUUAGGCUUGUGGGAAUUGUGCAACAUCUUCCCUCACUUCAAACUUGAAUCCAGCGAAGACGGAAAGCUACAAUUUCUCAGCCGUAAAGAAAAAAGUGACGUCUCCGAGGAGCAACUCCAAGAAUUCGACCACGAUCAACUCCUCGACUUAGCAUAUGCGGACUUGAAUAAUCAUUGGUACAAAUACAUCUAUAAGAUAUACGGGCUAGAGUAG